CCCGCAGGUAUGAGCGGGGGAGCUGUAACCAGUUCACAUACACAGCUGGACGUUACAGUGUGCUGUUAUAUGUCACUGUUUAAGUUCGAGAGGACGUUUACAGUUCCGGUCCACCGGAUACUCUGGGUAUGUAUUUUUAAUGUUUUUAUAUUUCUUUGCAUUCUUUUUAAAUCUUUGAGAUGUUUGUAUGAAGCGCAGCACAUUUUAGACUUGGUCAGGUUUAGUGUGAAUUGAAUUUUUUAUUUUAUUUUAUUUUAUUAUCUUUUGGUUUUUUUGCAGAUCACCAUUCCCAGCAUGGUUGCUUCAGGGAAUUUAUCUUAAGAUCUAUUAAGUGUGUUAAAAAGCACAAAGUAACACAUAGCAAAUCUGGUUUAUUUACUUAUGCAAAAGUACGAGGGUAAGUCAAAAAGUAUGCGCAAUAACUCUUUGAUGAACAUUCUUGCAGAUACUUUUUCACUUACCCUUGUGUGUACUGGUGAAGGACUCGGUCACGCCUGCGUCCUGUCAUUGAGCAAACCUUCUCGCUCUCCAUCCACAGGCCUGGGAGAAGCAGCUGUGACCGGCGGUCAUACCAACACCACGGGAUGGCCGGAGCCCCAGGGCGCCCUCCUUCGGACGGAAACGCCAGUCGCAGGGGAACCGCACAGCGCCGCGCCCCACACGGACGCUACGGACGCAGUCACCGCUGAUCCGAAGGGAGUCCGCGACGGCUUCAGUCACCUAGGCACCACACCACAGACACAAUCAGCUGUUCCCGCAGGGGAACAGUACAUCACUUCUGGUCAGGGUCCUGAAGGUGGGUUGUUCUCUCCCAGGAGGCUUUGCUUCGUCUUUGUGAAUUGCAAAUAUGAGUGUCAUUUAAGGUUAAAUGUUAAAAAUACCAGCUGUAAAAAAUAUCCGAAAUGUAAUACAUGAAUAGUGAAAUGCAUUGUACGUUACCCAUAAAAUACAUAAGUAUUUACCCCAGAUUUCCCGGUAGGUAUCACAGAUUUCGAGUGGACACACAGUAAAUGUGCUUUUCGUCUUGAGCCAGUUAAUUUUGCUCCCAUGUAAAGAUAUGAAAGAUAUUUUACAUUCAGGUAGUGAUAAAGGGGUAUCGGAACAUAUUGUACCAUCAUCAUCAUCAUCACCAUCACCACCACAGAGGGCAGGGAGCAGGAUUUAGAAAGUCAUUGGGCACCAGGUGUUAUGACUAAAGUGUUUUUCCAACGGCAAGGUGCAGAAAACGUGGAACUGGAGGAUACCUGCUGACUUCCACAUCAAGCCACGUGUCAAGAUCUUGCGUUUCAGAUUUCAGUGUAAGGACCAGUGGGCCUGGAGGAAGACCGAUGAGCCGGCCCGUUAAUAAUCGGAUCGGGCUGCCUGUUCGUCCGUUUUCACUAUUUAAGCACAAAAGAACGUCCCUUUCACAGCAUCUGCCGGGAAAUAUACUGCAGUUUUAUGUAAUAUCUUAAGACAAAAAAAAAAGAGGAAAAGUCUGGAUUGAUGUGCUAAACUGUAAAAAGCUGAAAACAAUUUGAAACUUACAGUGCCUGCAAGUACUGUAUUUUUAUAUAUUUAAGCAAUACUCAUUACCAGUGUGACAAUUUGUAAACUGCCAAAUGUCUAUCACUUGAAAGUAAUCUUUACAUUAAAGUUAUCACCCAUUUUGAACAUCAGCAUGUACAGCUACUGUUGAUGACCUCACAACGGAGUCUCCAUUCUGCUCCCGUUAUGCGCAUCAUGGUCAAUGCACCCAAAUAAUGUCAAGUUUCCAGUUUUUUAAUGCUUAAUGUUAUUCUCCAAAUAAUCUUUCUGUAACAAAAGAUGUUAGCUCAUGCUUGGUUGCUAACAUUCAUUUUCAAUACUUUUCCUGAAGUAAAAAACACAUUAUACCACCUUAAUUUGUUUUAACCAAUAAAUAGCAAACAGUUCUUUAUAAGCCCAUUUUUUUGUUCUAAAACAACAAGUAUUCCUUUUCCCCCAGAAAUCCUGUGUCUGUUACUACUAUAGCUGCCACUUUUACUGGUAACGAUACAAUAGAAGAAUGUAUUGCUGAGUAACAUCUAGUCUAGAUUUGAUAACCAUAGGCCCAAAAAUGUUGCAAAAAUUAACUUGCAUUGGGGAAUGAAGAAGCAUUUUCAACAAGUCAUUUCUAAAUAUAAACAUCUAGGGCC